AUGAAAGCAAACAUAGUGCUAGUAAUCUUUGUAGCUAUACUUUGGCUAACUCACUCCCUCACAGAAGGCAGACCACAUUCCAAUCACAAGCACCAAAGCAAAGAAGUAGAAAAGAGAUGCAACAGAAACAGAAACAGAACCAGAACCAGAACCAGAGGCAGAAGCUGCAGCAGUAGUUGUGGGAGAAGAACAAGAGCAUCUAAUUGUGACCCAUUUUACCAAUACCUCUUUGAUGCCUGUGGCCAAUGGCCUUUUCCAACAUCUCCUUCCCCAGACAACCCUUUUGACCCAACACCAAGACCAUCUCCUUGGCCUAAUAUUUCACCUCCCUUGCCACCACUUGCGGCUUCUCCUCCACCUAUAUAUAUAGUACCAUCUCCACCCCCAAUUGUGCCCCCACCAGCUCCCAUAAUAUCACCUCCACCACCUUCACCACCCCCGCCUUCACCUUCACCACCACCACCUUCACCACCCCCACCAUCUCCACCACCACCUUCACCACCCCCACCUUCACCACCACCACCUUCACCACCCCCACCAUCUCCACCACCACCCUCUCCACCUCCACCAUUGGUUCCAUCACCCCCACCACCACUUCUACCCCCACCAAUACCUCCAUUAGUUUCAUCUCCUCUAGUUCCUUCCCCACCACCACCUGAUGUUACACCAAUAUUUCCAUGGCUAACACCUCCAGAUACUACAAACUCUCCACCACCAGACUUAAUUCUCCCACCUCCCAUACCAGAUUUACCACCAGAUGGCUUUACACUAUCUCCACCAUUUGUCCCAUCUUUUUCUAUGCCAUUAUUACCACCACAAGAGCCAUUAUUUUCAUUUUCACCACCAAUCAUUUCAACCCCACCUGCACCAGACGCUGGUGUAAAUCAGCCAUUACCACCAGAGCUAAUUCUUCCACCUCCCCUACCAGAUUUACCACCAGAUGGGUUUACACUAGCUCCACCACAGUUUCCAACAUUACCACCACAAGAUCCAUUUUUUUCAUUUUCACCACCAAUCAUAUCAACCCCAACAGUACCAGAGACCUUUCUGCCGCCUUCCUUGAUGGAUCCUGAUGUUCCACAAGAACCUCUUCCGUUUUGGUCCACGCCACCAGCACCUGAUAUGGUUUUUGAUGAACCAGUACAGCCAUUAAUGUCACCACCGCUUCCUUUCUUGUCUCCUUUUCAGCUUCCACCAUAAUCUGAUUCUCCUCCAUUUAAGAACUAAAUUGCAUCUUCAACCUUUCGUCCACUUCAAAUAAAUAAGUUGUAACUUGUA